AACUUGGUCUGUUUGUUCUUUCUGGGAGAGAGGGGACAAGAGCCAGCAUCAACAAGGCAUCAAUUUCUUGCUAUUAAACGAGCACUAUUAGCAUUUCAUGACAGCUGACAGGCUCUCCCAAUCUGUUCCUGUAAAAACGACCUCUCUAACAUUCUCAAUUCCCAACCAAGUCUGUCUCCCUCCCUCCCUCUAUCUCUCUCUCACAACCAGGAAAGAUAUGGCAAGGAAGCUUAGCAUUGUGCUGCUGUCCCUCUUCACGAUGCUCCUUCUAAUACCAGAACACCAUGCGACGAUCACGGAGGCCCCAUCACCACAGCCCCAGGCAGCUCCUGGCAAUCUGCCCGCGUAUGGUGCCAGAGAAGGCAGUCUUAAGCCCCAAGAGUGCGGACCGAGGUGCAGGGAGAGAUGCUCAAAAACGGCGUACAAGAAGCCAUGCAUGUUCUUUUGCCAAAAAUGCUGCGCCAAGUGCUUGUGUGUGCCUCCGGGCACCUAUGGCAACAAGCAACUCUGCCCUUGCUACAACAACUGGAAGACCAAGCGUGGCGGUCCCAAAUGCCCCUGAUUACUCUUCCCUUUCCCUUUCCCUUUCCAAUCUCUCUUCGGUGCUCGUAUGAGCCCGUUUGACACCGUAGCGACUGCACUGUAACCGUGUCGUGAAGUUAUUGUAGGUUCUGCACUGGUUGGGAUAAUUCUGCCGGAAGCUGCUGCGAAAACCAUUGUGGAGGAGCUGUCUACUGCAUAACCUCUGCUUUUUAUGUCACUCUCCCGGUUGAUUCUACGUGGUUCUUUCUUACUACUUCUAAUAAAUCAGAGUGGUCAUUCAACCUCCCUUGUUGUACCAAGAUGGCAAGAAAGCUCGAAAAUGAAUCAAUUACCGGCCCAUUGUGAGUAUUUUUUGCUGAUAUUACUCCUGAGAUAUGCAUAUCAAGA